AUGAGCAGCACACCGAGCCUGAAUAUACGUCGUGUUCUUGGAGAUGAGACGGAUUCGGAUCCCAACAUUCAACUGUUGCCAUCUUCACCAUCAACGAAACCCAGUAGCAAAUAUUCAGUCAAAGAUGAGAUCCACAUAUUUGAUGGCAGAAACACUCCCCAGAACAUUUCAGUAUAUGGGUUCUUGCUAGGCAUGGUCUGCAGUGCAGGCAUCAUGUUUGCCAUCUUGAGCGACUCUCAUAUACCUCAGUUUGGCAUCUUUCUCGCUGCUCUUUCACUGUUCCACUUUUUAGAAUACAUUGCAACGGCUCUCUUUAAUGCUGACAAGCUGUCCCUUGAUUCCUACCUCAUCAACCACAGCGCCCACUAUCAUGCUGCGCAUGCUGCUGCCUUGAUUGAAUUUUUGGUCGAGUACUACUUGUUUCCUUCCUACAAGACAUUCGGCUGGAUCAAUUAUGCUGGCUUGCUGCUGGUCAUCGUUGGCCAAGCCUGUCGCACGAUUGCCAUGUUUUCUUGCAGACACAACUUUUCUCAUCACAUUGUCGACUACAAGGAGAAUGACCAUGUCUUGGUGCAGCAUGGUAUCUACAGCGUAAUGCGACAUCCCUCUUAUUUCGGCUUUUACUGGUGGGCCAUUGGCGUGCAAGUGCUGUUGAUCAACCCUGUCUGUCUUGGUUUGUUCGUCUACUGGCUGCAAAAGUUCUUUUCUGAGCGUAUCCAGUACGAGGAGCACACAUUGCACCGUUUCUUUGGUCAAGAAUGGAUCAACUACAAGUCAAAGACACCUACAUUGAUGCCUUUCAUCGCAUAA